AUGAAGAGGAAUUUUAUAAGGGGUGAUACUAGUGACAAGAAGCAGAUGCAUGUGGUUAGUUGGUACACUAUAACUAAACCGAAGGAGGAAGGAGGCCUAGGACUAAGGAAACUUGAUAUUUGCAAUAGAGCAUGUUUCAUGAAGUUAGUUUGGAAGUUGCACAGCAACAAGGAGGAGCUUUGGUGUAAUGUCUUAAGAAACAAAUACAGGGUCUCAAAUAUUAAUAAUCACAGCUUCAAGAGUUCUUACUCUAAACUUUGGAGGGAUAUAGUCAAGACUGAUCAUAUGAUGUGUAACAUUGGUAACUGGUGUGUUGGCAAUGGGGAAACUAUCCAGGCUUGGACAGAUUAUUGGAUCGAACCGGGUGUAAUCAUUAGUGAGCUUGAUGUUGGUAUUCCUGAUGAGAUCUUUCUUGCUAGAGUGUGUGACCUGAUUAUUAUGAAGGUAGUUAGAACUGGAAGCGGCUUAGGUAGUGGCUGCCGAAUGCAAACUGCUUUCCAUGACAAAGAUUAUAGAAGACCUCUGGAUAUGAGUGCUCUUGUUCAUAAUAGAGUUCAAGAGUUGAUAGCCGUGAAAGAAGGUUGA